AUGCUAGCAUAUCACCAACUGCAUCGAGUCAUGAACCAGACUAUGCUCUCCGAAACCUCAUCAUGGUCACCAGCAAACCCCGAACCACCGUCGGACCUGUUAACAGACUUUGUGAAUGCCUACCGCGAAAAGAUCUACUUCCAACCACUUCCGCUGUUCGACCCGAAGCGUCUCCAGCUCAAGACCGGGACAGUACCCCAGUACCUCCGGUGGAGCUUCCUAGCUUUUUCGCUUCAUUAUACAAGUCAUAACUUCUACUAUGGGUUAGAAGCGAAGGCUAUUGAGUACUACACCACUUCAGCAAGGAGUGUAGUUGUUGAUAUGGCGGCAGAAGGGCUGGUGAAGUUGGAGGUUAUGCAGGCUUUGUGUCUACUUGCUUUGUGUGAUCAUAUUGCUGGAAAGUCUUCCCGGGCGUGGAUGAUGAUAGGGAUGGCUGCAAAGCUGGAGUCACUUCGUCUUUCGGACUCAAAAGCCAGUGGUUCACGACAGUCUGAUGAUGCGGUCUCAAGAUGCCACUGGAGCAUCGCUAUCCUGGAAAGCACCUUUACUCCCCACUGCAACACUCUUUUCGAAGUAGCCCACGCACCGAAUUAUCCCAAGAGCGUACCGCGACCAACGACUCUGCAUGGGAUGAAGACGUAUUGCGCUGACUUAACAGAUGCAUACGAAGCAAACGUCCAAGACGUAGGGAUUGUCGCAACUUGUCUCGGCUACAUCUCCGUUUGGGGUAGUAUUAUUUCUUACCUUCGCGACAUCCGCAACGGAGCGAAUGAGUACCCAUGGCUAGCGACGUCAAGGCACAAUCAACUCACGGUCAAGCUAUACGAGCUCGAAAACAUCACUUCCCAUCGCCAUCUCAUCCGCAACGCCCCAUUCCCAGACCAACCACCUUCCGAACUCAGCGAAAACAGAGAAUACUGGGCGCCUUGGGUAUUAUUCCAAGUACUCAUGCACGCCACCCAAGCCAUUCUCAACAAUCCCUUUGUGCAACUCGUCGCUCUCCGCCGCGCCGGUCGGAAUUUCCAACCACGGUCCUUUCUGCAGAAUACAGUUGAUCACGCUUUAUUCCACGCCGAGUGGGUUUCUAGACUUGUGAGGAUGUGUGCGGAUAGACAGUUUGAGGUGAAUGAUCCUUUAGUUGGACAAGCUGUUGCGGGAUGUGUUUCGAUAUUGUGGAUAUUUCAGUUUGCGAGGGAUAGGAAGGUUUCGGAGAAGGCGAAGGAGAAUCUGGGGAUUUGUGAGACGUUCCUGGAGCACUUAUCGCGGAAGUGGCCUCAUAUUGCUGAAAAGGUCGAGAUUCUACGAACGCUCAACAUCAAAGUGAAAAAGAAGCGACAAUCGCCCCAAGAUGACGAAUCGAGCAGCGCGACUAUUCAGUUUGAACCAGAUAUGAUGUGGGAGCUUCUUGACCCUGCAAUGUCGGGCGUUGACUGGGCGAGUUUGUGCAAAGCAGGAGGGACUUAUGCUGCGACGAGCGCUACUAUCAAGGUUGCGACGAAGUUUAUACAUCCGAUUAAUAGCGAUGAGGAUAAUGCGCCGAUGGAGAAUGUUUCGCAUAAUUUGUUUGACCUGGAAGAUAUUUAUGGGGAGCCGUUUUUGGAUCAGUUCUUUUCUGACUCUUUGCUUGAAGCCGAGUUUGCCUUGAGAACCUCGCCGUCCAAUCAUCGCGAUACACAAAGGCGCGGAUACGGCUUGCCUGGUCGGCAUACGUAUGUUACGCAGCAGGGUUAUGAUGCCGCUCUUGCUGAGGCGCAGAUCUUCAACCAUACGCGCCAGCUACGGGAGGCGGGAUACAACGUGAGAGCAGUCUGGAGAGGUCCCGAGAUACCUGGGACCGAAAUGAGUAAGCACAUGAAAGACGUCCACUGGAACGUUGCCGGUAUUGGCUUUGGAGUCCGAGGAUCUCAGAUUUCAGAUGUCAUCACGCUCUUCGAAGAAACCCUUGAUAUAUACCGCGAAGAAGCGCCGGAUGCCAAAUAUGUGUUCAACUAUAAUCCAUUGACCUUUCUAUGGUCCGUUAAACGGUAUUUCCCGCUGUCGAGUGACUGUAGAGAUCACCCGGGAAAAGACUUGGGAUACAUCACGAUUUGCAAUGGGGCGUGUACUUAA